AAUAAAUUUAUAUUAAAUUAAUCAUAUGGAUAAUCAUAUGGAUAACAAUAAUACUAAAAAGAAAAAAACAGUGCACGUAGGUCGUAGUAGAAUAUUUUGGCCUAGAGAUCAUAAACUUCACCAAGAAGAUAUAGAACAAUCUGAAGGUACUACAAGCACUAAAGGUCGUCAGUUUAUUAAUUUAACACAAGAUAUGAUGGAAGCUGUUCUAAAAGAGCAGUCUAAACUAAAUCAUCCUUUCUUGAGAGAUCCUGAGGUAAUAAUGGAGCCAUUAAUGCCGGCUUCUUACACUUUGAUAUCUUUUUCUAUGGUAGCCAUUGUUAGCUCAACUAUAAGUUAUACACUACAAAAUAUACGUAAACGUUUUUCUAAAAAGGGCAAGAAAAUUAUUUUUAUUGUGCCUAUUAGAAUUCGUGUUAUGAUUUUAUAUAUUUAUUUUCUAUUAUUUUUAGAAAUUAAUGCAUCAUUUAUGGAAAUUUUAUGUUUUAGUAUGCUUAAUAAAAAUUUAUAUGCAUUCUUUAUGUUUAAUUUGCUUAAGAUUUAUACUGAAUUUCCAUAUUUUACCAUGGGCUUUUUAACAUUUCUAAAUAUAUUUUUUGUAGUGAGAAAAAAGGUUUUAUUACUUAAUAUUUUUCGUUUUCAUAUUAUGAAUGCUUUAUUAAUUGGAUUACUACAUACUUUAAUAAUGCAAUUUUAUUUGAGAUUACCUGAGCAAUUUUUACAGGGAUUUGUAGGAAGAAAUAUUGGGUUACUUAUAUAUUUUUUUAUGAUGUCUUUAUUAGGACGUUGUUUUUUAGCUGCAAUUAGGGGCAAAUAUACUAAAAUUGCUUUUAUUUCUACAGCAGCUAGAAAAUAUAUUACAGACCAAGCUCGUGGAAUUUUAAGACAAUGGGAAGAAGAAAGAAGAGCUAUGGAAUAUCAAAAAAAAUUAAAAGAUAAAGAUGAAAAAGAUACGAAAUAAUAUUACAAACAUCUUAUAUAAUUAAUAAUCAUUACAUCCAUUAAUAUAUGAAUAUAAAACAGCAACAGAGAAAAAAAUUUAUUGAUUAUGAAACUGUUUAUUUAAUUAAACCCGAUUUAAAUGAA